GGCUUUGGCCGACGAGCGUCGUCGAGUCAGUGCGACUCGUGAUUUCCGUGCGAGCGCCGGCCUCGCGUACGUCGAGACGGUGGCGUGUCUUCUCGGCCGGUCUCUUCCUUCAACGAGAGACACGCGAUCAAAAAGGAGAAAGAAAAUUUCGAUCCAAAUAUAUAAGUACGAAAAUAGGAAAGAAUACCAAAACAAGCAACAAAUAAACAAAAAAAAAACAACAGAACGAAACAAAAAAAGAAAAAAAAAAAGAAAAGGAUUAUCGAGAACAGCAAUUCUUUCGUACGUCGAAUCGUGAUAUGAAUGGACCUAAAAAGGAUCAGGUGAUUCAGGUUGUAGGGAAAAUCUAUUGAUCUUGAUAAGAUUACAAAGGAUAGCUAGCUCUGAAUCGAUUGAUAAGGCUAAAGAAAACGGUUCAGUGAUCCUUUUCACACGGAUAGAGAAAGAGAGAGAGAGAGAGAAGCGCUUGUGCUGUCAGAGAAUUUAGAUCUAUAGAAAGAUCGUGGGUGGACGCUGGAAGCUCCUCUCGAUCGAUUCUCGGCGAAGAGACGCGUGGGUGGUAGGAUUAUCGUGUUAAUUGUUAGUGAUCACGAAGGGGCCAGUGAUCGCGAUGCUAACGUCCAUCGUCGAUUAUUAAUAAAAGCGAAAGGAUUUUCGUUAGCUUAUUCGCGAGUGAGGUUAAAGAGAGGUAGACAAGUAGAUUGAGAGGAGAAAAUUAAAAUAAAAAAAUAAAGAUAAAAAAUGCCUCGAUCCUUGACGGGACUCCGUCGAAUUGUGUACACUACGAGUUAACGCCUCGCGCGGUCUCCUCGUCGUUUUGAGACGACAUAAGGACUGUCUUUGGGAUGGUUACGUAAACGGGCGCCAAGCCGAAAGGUGAUUUCUCGUGAAAGAGGAGAAAGAAGAUUACCGAAAAGCGAAUUGGCCAAAAACGAACAAAAAAUCCACUCUCGUGGGAGCGCGUCCAAAAUACUUUCGUAAGAGAUUUACGAAAGUGUUUGACGUUCGUUGAAAAGAAAUAAAAAAAAAAAAAAAGAGAGAGAAAAAAGAAAGAAAGAAAGAAAGAAAGAAAGAAAAAGAAACGAGUUUCAUAGGAUCAAACGUGCUAGAAAAUUCUAGCUCGCGAUGAGAAGACGAGAAAUCGGUAUCGAGUACGAUCGAACGCGAGGCGGAAAAUCGUCGUCGUUCGUUGCUCGUCAACGUCGUCAAUAGAUACGUAUACGAGACAAUCGCUAUUAUCAGGUGUUUCAGCCUCGGCUCAGAGUCAAGAGCGAUAACCUCGCGAGUGUUGGCGAAUCGAAGUAAACACAGGAGAGAUCGAGAUUACGAUCGAUUUAUCGAUCGAUCGAUCUAUCGAUUGGCUCGAUUCUACCUCGAUGUCGAGAAAAGAUCUAUUCUCUUUAGGCGAGAAGUAGUAUCAAAGAAAAUUGACCGAGACUAAGAGAGAAUCUCGAGGAGAAAGGGUUUCGAAGGGAAGUCUGGAAGCCAUUGAUCGGAAGGAAACGUCGUAUAUCUUGGCAGUAAUGCGCACAAAUUAUGCGUCUUGCGGCUCCGUCGAGCGACGGCCACUGAGAAGAAGCACGGAGUUACGCGUUUACACUUACGGAUAAUCCAUUGGUUCUUUCUCUCUCUCUCUCUCUCUCUCUUUCUCUCUCUCUCUCCUCCUCUUUUUCUCUUCUUCCUCUGCAUCUUCCUUUUCCUCUCCCUCUUAUUUUCCUUUCUCUUUUUAUCCUCACGCUGCUUUUCAAGAUCUUCUUAUUAUUCUUCGUCCUUUAGCUUUAUCCUCCAUCUUUUUGGUUGCAACAGCAGACUUUCGCUCUCGCUCGAUCAUUAAGAACCUCCUCUCUUCUCCUCUCUUUUCUUCUCUUCCUCUUCUCUUCUCUCCUCUCCUCUUCUCUUCUCUUCUCUUCUCUUCUCUUCCCUUCUGUUCUCUUCGUUUCUUUCUCUUCUUCUCCUUCCUUUCUUCUUUCCCUCGGCCGUCCGUCCAAUCGAGCAAGACGUCGCUUCGAGCGCCGUUUAUUCGCGAAAUUCCACCUUCAACCCCAAGACGCCUCCGCGCCGAGUUCCUAUGACGCAUUCAAGUUCCUCCGCGAAGAUAUACCAUCGACGGCCACGGAUACUCCUUGGUCACUUCGUCUAGGCUCUUCGAUGAAGAAUAUAGUUCGUUACGAAACAAUCGAGUCGAAUAAAUUUAAUUGUGAUUGUGGUGUCUUCCUCCAAAGUCAAGUCGCAAGUCGACAGUGUGAACUAUAUACCAAGGCUGGAUUUUCAUACAAGUGUUCGACAUUAUUACCUCGCGAGAAACGUAUUAAUAGAAAGAGAAAAUCGGACCAACGAUAAGUGACCAGAGGAGGACGAGAAAAGGAAGAAUCCUUUUGGAAUAUAUUCUCGAAGGGCUGGGGUGCACCUACGACUCACGCCACGGAAUUUCUUCGUUCGCCCACCUUGAUCGGUGCGGUAGUCAUGUCACGGCCGAAUCGACACGGCGGAUCACGAGAAAUCGACGUGGAGGAGCCCGGAGAAACGGAUUAUCGGCCGGCCAUCCUUGGAUUUCGAACCGAGUGAAAUCGCACGCGAGAGAUCGCCGUUCGAUAAUAACAAUCGAGGAUCGAUACGCGAAUUCGAUCCACCAGUUUGGAACCUACGGCCUCCCCGCUGGCCUGGCCAGCUACUAUGCGAAUUGAAGCUCUCAGCGCCCUCGUCGCGGUGGUUUGGCUGACCGCAGUCCUGUGCCCGCGGCUUGCUGCCGCCAACCUCACUUUAUCCUUUUCCUCUCGUAGAUCCAGAGAGCAUCCCUUCAGAGGACAUAUCUCUCGCUGGACGGUGCCAUUAGAAGACACGAACAAGCGAAUGACGUACCGUGAGAUGCAGAUGGUUCUGCGCCAAGAGGGAGGCGAAGAUGGCCUCGCAGUCGAUUGUUGUCCGACGAUAGAGGAAAUGGUCGAGCCCGUUGGCGGCCGAAAUCGGCAAGAUAUGUACGUCGAGCUCUAUCGAGACGGCGAAAAUGCCCAGAGGUUCUUCGAGUACUCCUGCAGGCCAGACGUCCUCGAUAAGCCCUGCAGGUUCGUUGACCGGAAGCUUAGUAACCAGUCGAGAUGCGUGCAGAAAUUCUCAUACACCUACGCUAUCGUCGAGAAUCCUGGAACGAAGGGAGGCAACGAAGAACACAGGAGGCAUCAUCACAGGGAACACAGAUUUCCAACGUUUCCUGGGAACACAGUGAGCGGGUCAACGUGGACGUUGGACUACAUCAGGGUGAGGAGCGGCUGCAGCUGCGAGAUCAUGCCGAAGCCGAAAAAGAAGAAACCCAUGGCGACAAAGGCGAGAAAAGCGAAGAGCAAACUGCGCCAACAAAGAGAUCAAGACUCAGACUUUGAGACGUGAGACUCGUGUUUGGUCGAACUGCAAUAUGAAAGAAAAAAAGGUUACCAGUGGUCGGUUCGCUGAUCGCAGAAAAAAAAAGACGUUUUAACACGAGUAACGCCAUAUUUUCGAUGUUAUUCUGUUUAUGCAUAUACACAUAACAUCAUACUUCGUUUAAUAAUUUCGUAUUCGCUUAACCAUUGCAUAUUUAUUGAUAGUAAUUUACGUUGAAAUAUCGAGAAGGAAGUCGAUUCGUAUCUUUGUGCGAACAUAAACGAAAAGUGAAUUAAACGUAACGAUGUCGAAUGUGUUACAAUCGAGAUACGUUUUCUAACUCGAUACAUCGUCUACUUAAUUUAAUAUCUUAGUCGAUAAGAACGAUUAUUCUAUUUCUUAUUUUUCUCUUUCCUCCCUCUCUCUCUCUCUCUCUCUCUCUCUCUUUUUCUUUCUUUCUUUUUUUUUUAAAUUUAUAAAAUUGUAUCUACCUUUAAUUAAGAAACUAUCUGUAAGAAAAAAAUACGAUUAGUUAUAAAGUAUAAGCUAUUUGUGUUUCAUA